GCCAAACAUCUUCAAUAUACCAUACUAUUGGCCUAGUCCGGUAAUUCUGGUCUUGAACAAUGCUACAAAUAAAUAGCCCUAGUGGGUUAUAGGAUGGGGGUUUAUUUAUUAAGCAGCAACAGUGUGAUGUUUACAGCUUCUCUUAUCGGUGUUAUUGGACCGAGGGGUCGAGACAACUUUUCCGAACUAACUCCAUUUCCGGAUCACACUCCUCAUUCGCCCCGGGUCUUCGCCGCGGCCAGAAUCCAUGUUGUUUCUGUCUCUCUCCCACAGCGACAGAGCUAGUGAGCGGCCUGUCCAAUAACCCUUCAUGUUACUGGGACCUGUGUGUCUGAGAGUCGAGAGUGUGUUUGUAUUCACCCCCCACCCCCCGAAAAGAAGAUGGCAGACUUUCGGGACGACACCGGAGCUCGAGCCCUACUGGCCUUGCAAUCUGCCCCGUGCAGCCCUGUUCGAGUCGGGGUGACCUCACCCGCAUACCCUCCCAAUUUCACCUUCUCGGGCUCUUCGGUGCUGAGCCGGGGCUGCGCAAUGCCUCCUCGCCUCGCGUCUCCUCCUCGGGCCCUGGCCAGGCUCGAAGGCCGGGACUUUGAUUUCGUCAUGCGGCAGCGGACAGUGACUGUAGGCCGUAACUCGUCGCACGGCUCCGUGGACAUAAACAUGGGCCACUCCAGCUUCAUCUCUCGGCGGCACCUCCAGAUCACCUUCGAGGAGCCGUGCGGGUUUUCGUUGCGCUGUCUCGGCAAGAACGGGGUAUUCGUGGACGGCGUGUUCCAAAGGAGAGGCGCGCCACCCCUGCAACUGCCCCGAGAAUGUGUGUUCAGGUUCCCCAGUACAGUGAUAAAAAUCCAGUUCUCCUCUCUGUUGUCUGGGGAGGAGUUGAGAGAGGAGGAGCAGCGGUCUCCCCCGCCCCGCCUCACCCUCCUCCCCCACAUCUCCCCCCUCAAGAUCAGCAUUCCCACAAUGCACCAUGAUGACCUGCGACACCUGGUCAGCCCGCUGCCCUCUCCGACGGGGACCCUCAGUGUUCCUAACUCGUGCCCGGCCAGUCCAAGGGGUGCGGGGUCAUCAGGUUAUCGCUACGGACGCAACGUGACCUCUGACCUCCAGCUGGCUGCGGAGUUCGCUGCCAAGGCUGUCUCCGAGCAACAGAGGGGCAUUGCCGAGCAACAUGGAGAGUCCGGCGGAGGAGACAGCCCCAAGGAUGAAUCUAAGCCUCCCUACUCGUACGCCCAGUUGAUAGUCCAGGCCAUCUCUUCAGCACCAGACAGACAGCUGACCCUGUCUGGAAUCUACACACACAUCACCAAACACUAUCCCUACUAUCGCACUGCUGACAAGGGCUGGCAGAACUCGAUCCGCCACAACCUUUCUCUGAACCGUUACUUCCUGAAGGUGGCUCGUAGCCAGGAGGAGCCUGGGAAAGGUAGUUUCUGGCGUGUGGACUCGGCCUCAGAGGGCAAGCUGGUGGAACAAGCCUUCAGGAAGAGACGGCAGAGGGGCGUGGCCUGCUUCCGCACGCCGUUCGGACCGCUCUCAUCCAGGAGUGCCCCAGCCUCCCCCACCCACCAGGGUCUCCUCUCCCCUCCCUCCAGUGGUCUUCAGACCCCAGAGUGUCUCUCUAGAGAGGGGUCUCCUCUGUCUCACGACCACCCUCACCAUCACGACCUGGCUCACAAACUGGCCUCCGUACCAGAGUACAGAUAUACACAGAGCGCCCCAGGUUCUCCAGUACAUGGCCAGCCUGUGAUCAUGGCCGCCCCGCCCCACCCCCUGCCCUCAGGGAUGGGUAAACCCCUAACCUUGUUCUCAGGCCCCGGAGUCGCUGGGGGACAGACCCUCCACAUGCUGCAGAGCCCCCCCAACACCCUCACCAUGCUCCGUCUGGUCACCACGGCUACGGCCUCCCACCCCCCAAACGGGUACAUCCUCACCCCCGGCGGGGGGCAGAGUCAUGGUAAUACCGGCGCUGGCCAGCAGGGAGCAGAGGGCACCAGCGAGCAGAGAGAUGCGCAGCAGCAGAAUAGGGAGCGAGUGAUCCAGUCGUUGGAGGGAGCUCAGCAGGGGGGUCAGGGGUCAGAGGGGCAUGGCCUAUCUCUGGGGCUGCACCAACUUCCUGUCCGCCCUGUCACUCAGAACGGCAAACACACUGCCGUCGCCACGGCUACCAGCGUUGCCAACCCUUACGCUCUGACCAGUCCUCUCCAGAUCCUGGCAGCCCAGGCCUCCAGCUCCCCCCCAGCCCUGGUGAGCAGACAGCCCAGCGCGGGGCCUGAUGUUGGGCCGGAGGUGCCAGGCGACCCCCAGGCUAAGAGGCCUAAGAUGGAGGAGGACGGGGCGGCUCCUCCCAUUCAGCAGCAGCAGCCAGUCAUCGUGGCCAUGAGUUCUCAGCCACACGACAACAGGAAGUAGAACUGCUGAACUCUAACCCCUGACCUGGUGUCUAGAGGAGGAGCCUCUCUGGGUGAACCAUCUCACCAGUCUGACCCCUGGGUCCCAGUGUCUGCUGGUUCACCCUCUGAUCCCUCACCUCUAACCUCCUACUGAUAGCUGUCACUGAACUCUCACUGAUCAGUCAUCCAUAAUUGGUAUUGAUUAAUAACUGCCAGUGAUCAAUAAGCCUGUCCCUGACCUUUAACCCCUGACGCCAGAUCUCCCUCUGUAGUGCCAUUUGAGACGCACGCCCCCAAGGUGUCACCAGGUAGAUAAAGGCUUGCAUCCCAAAUGGCACCCUAUUCCCUACAUAGUGUACUGCUUUAGACCAGGACCCUAUUCCCUACAUAGUGUACUGCUUCAGAGACCAGAGCCCUAUUCCCUACAUAGUGUACUGCUUCAGACCAGAGCCCUAUUCCCUACAUAGUGUACUGCUUCAGACCAAGGUUUGAGGUAAGGACCAGCAGGCACUGUGGCCCAGGAGAGGAGGGGCCCUGCAGAACCUGUUGUGUGUGUGUUCUCCUGCUCUGUAGCGGAGGGAGGAGAGGAGAGGGGCCCUGCAGGACCCGUUGUGUGUGUUCUCCUGCUCUGUAGCGGAGGAGGGAGGAGAGGAGAGGGGCCCUGCAGGAUCCAGUGUGUGUUCUCCUGCUCUGUAGCGGAGGAGAUGAGAGGGGCCCUGCAGGAUCCAGUGUGUGUUCUCCUGCUCUGUAGCGGAGGAGAGGAGGGAGGAGAGGAGAGGGGCCCUGCAGGACCCGGUAUGUGUUCUCCUGCUCUGUAGCGGAGGGAGGAGAGGAGGCUAACCUAAUUUAGACGGUCUGAUUGUGUUUCUUUAAUUUCAUCAUUAGAAGGUGCUGAGUUCUAACCUGGGUCAACUACACACACUGCAAAUACUCUGUACUAUACUAUAAUACUCUGUACUAUAAUACUCUGUACUAUACUAUAAUACUCUGUGCUAUAAUACUCUGUACUAUACUAUAAUGCUCUGGACCAUACUAUAAUACUCUGUACUACUCUGUAGUAUACUAUAAUGCUAUAAUACACUGUACUAUGCUAUAAUACUCUACUAUAAUACUCUGUUGUGCUCUACCGACUGAGCCCCACAGAACACAGCACACCUGAUUCAACUAAUUAUCAAGGCUCUGAUUGUGUGAAUCAGGUGAGCUAUCUCAGAGCUACAACAACAUGGUGAAAUGGCUCGGGUCCACGAGGAGAGGUUGGAGAACCACUGCUAUAGUGUGUGACCCAGCUGUGGGUCCCAGCUGUGUGUGUGUGUGACCCAGCUGUGGGUCCCAGCUGUGUGUGUGUGUGACCCAACUGUGGGUCCCAGGUGUGGAUCUCAGCUGUGUGUGUGUGACCCAGGUGUGGAUCUCAGCUGUGUGACCCAGGUGUGGAUCUCAGCUGUGUGUGUGACCCAGGUGUGGAUCUCAGCUGUAUGUGUGUGACCCAGGUGUGGAUCUCAGCUGUAUGUGUGUACAGUAAUUUUUUUUAGCAUUUUCAUGAUCAUUUUAUCCCUUAAAAAGCCUUAAAUGUUUCUAUUGUUUUUUUGUUGUUUAUCUAGGGAGCUUUUACUUUUUGACAUUAAAGAAUGUUUUUAAUGUUAAAGAGGAAGACUUUUAUUUUGUAACAUUGCAAACUGCUUCACAACAGGACUUUUAUUUUGUAACGUUGCAGACUGCUUCAGAACAGGACUUUUUUAUUUUGUAACGUUGCAGAGAGAAGCGCGUUUCAGAUCAGGACAUGGUGUUUGACUGCAGGGAAGGAGGUAGAACCUUCUGGAAGUCUGCUUCCCUAAUGGCAUCCUGUUCCCUACAUAAUGCACUACUUCAGACCUCCAGGAGGUUAUAACUUCUACCUCCCUUCCCUGCAGUUACAAACACCAUGUCCUGAUCUGAAACGCGCUUCUAUCUGCAACGUUACAAAAUAAAAAGACUGUGAUACUCUGUAAACAGGAAGAACCUUUUUGUCAGGGGAAUUGAAGGGUGGGACCAACUCAACAUAACUACACAGCUACAAUUAUAACUUAAAAAAAUAAAAAAUAAUAAUCUAACUCUCCCUUUCUUUCUCUAACUCUGUCCUGUUUUACUCCUCACCCUCUGUUUCUAACCUUCUCUCUGACUCUUUAGUCUAUAGUGUCUGCUGUAGCCUAGUAGUUGUCCCCUUGUCCCUCCCUAGUGUUCUAGUCUCAGCAGUAGAGUGCUGGUCCAGAGGUGGUUCUACUAAUGGAAUUAGAAUGUACUCGAUUCUAUUCCUCAGCUUUAGCCUGUCUGUUCUAACUAAUCAGGACACCAUUUUUGUAACACUUCACAAUGUUUUUUUUUUGGUUUUCUCAUCUGCUGAUCACAAGUCUUUAUAUAAAAUCUAUGAUUGUUGCACAAAAACCAACAUUAAAAAAAAAACUAAAAAAACUGCUAAACGAAAGCUAUUUCAAGGUGGGUUGAAACCAUGGUGUUUAAAAGGUGGGUUGAAACCAUGGUGUUUAAAAGGUGGGUUGAAACCAUGGUGUUUAAAAGGUGGGUUGAAACCAUGGUGUUUAAAAGGUGGGUUGAAACCAUGGUGUUUAAAAGGUGGGUUGAGACCAUGGUGUUUAAAAGGUGGGUUGAGACCAUGGUGUUUAAAAGGUGGGUUGAAACCAUGGUGUUUAAAAGGUGGGUUGAGACCAUGGUGUUUAAAAGGUGGGUUGAAACCAUGGUGUUUAAAAGGUGGGUUGAAACCAUGGUGUUUAAAAGGUGGGUUGAAACCAUGGUGUUUAAAAGGUGGGUUGAAACCAUGGUGUUUAAAAGGUGGGUUGAAACCAUGGUGUUUAAAAGGUGGGUUGAGACCAUGGUGUUUAAAAGGUGGGUUGAGACCAUGGUGUUUAAAAGGUGGGUUGAGCCCAUGGUGUUUAAAAGGUGGGUUGAGACCAUGGUGUUUAAAAGGUGGGUUGAGACCAUGGUGUUUAAAAGGUGGGUUGAAACCAUGUUAUGUUUUUUGCUGAAAGUAUUUUGCUAUUCUAUUAAAUCCUACUUUUUGGGGGGGGAGAAGAAAAGUAUAUGUAUUUUAAAAUGUUUGAUCUGUUUUAAAAUUUGUAGCACAAAUAAAAUUCUCUCAUUGA